AUGUAAUUAAAAUUGAAAUCCUACGAACUAGAAUAUUUCGAUGAGAUCCUUGAAAAAAAAGUGUAUUUAUGUCCAAUCAACAAAUCUCAUUCACUAAAAUCCGUAGAUCAGUUCAUCUAACACCUACACACUUGUAAAGAAAGCGCCAAUUACCAAGUGAAGAAAUACAUAUGUAGAUUUAACUAAUUUCAUUGGUUUAAUACUGCUAAGGAUAGAAUAGUACAUGAGUUCUUCUAUUGCGAAGAUAAAGAAACUGUUAUGCCUUAAAAUGAGGUCAUAAUAAAUCAGAUGAACGAAGUAUUCUUACCAUUAAACGAAGAUCAUAGUUUUCAACUCAAAUAAUAUUUCAAAAAAGGUAAUUCAUAAGCUAGACCUAAUUUCAGAAAUUUCAUUUCGGAAUUUCAAAGGAGAGAUCCAGAAAAAGAGUCCUCGGUCAAAAGAAUUAAACUAAAUUAAUGA